UUUUUUUCCUUUUCCUUUUCCAUUUCGUUAAUUCACAACUGUACUUCUCCUACAUACAUACACCCUUUCGUGCUCUCUUUAUUAUUUGAAGAAGAGGAGGAGGAGAAGCAGAUCACGAAGAACAAGUUCUUCGGAUCGAUCUUCUUCUCAAGACUCUGAGAAGAUCCAUCAUUCGUCUGAUAAGGGAUGGGUCGCGACGACGUCGGGGCGGCGCAGGGCGGCGAUGUCGCGCAGCAGCAGGAGAAUACGAAGAGCAUCGACGACUGGCUGCCGAUCACGUCGUCGCGCAACGCCAAGUGGUGGUACUCCGCCUUCCACAACGUCACCGCCAUGGUCGGCGCCGGCGUCCUCAGCCUCCCCUACGCCAUGGCCGAGCUCGGAUGGGGGCCAGGGAUUGCGGUGCUGGUGAUAUCGUGGGUGAUAACGCUGUACACGCUGUGGCAGAUGGUGGAGAUGCACGAGAUGGUGCCCGGGAAGCGGUUCGACCGGUACCACGAGCUAGGGCAGCACGCGUUCGGGGAGAAGCUGGGGCUGUGGAUCGUCGUGCCGCAGCAGCUGGUGGUCGAGGUCGGCACGAACAUCGUCUACAUGGUCACCGGCGGAAAGUCGCUGCAGAAGUUCCACAACGUCGUCUGUCCCGACUGCAAGUCCAUCAAGCUCAGCUACUUCAUCAUCAUCUUCGCCUCCGUCCACUUCGUCCUCUCCCAGCUCCCCAACUUCAACUCCAUCUCCGGCAUCUCCCUCGCCGCCGCCGUCAUGUCCCUCACUUACUCUACCAUAGGGUGGGUAGCAUCAGUCCACAAGGGGAAGCAGCCGGACGUCGACUACAGCUACAAGGCGUCGACGAGGACGGGAGCCGUGUUCAACUUCUUCAGCGCGCUGGGCGACGUCGCGUUCGCGUACGCGGGCCACAACGUCGUCCUCGAGAUCCAGGCCACCAUCCCCUCGUCCCCCGAAAAGCCCUCCAAGAAGCCCAUGUGGAAGGGCGUCAUCGUGGCCUACAUCGUCGUCGCCGUCUGCUACUUCCCCGUCGCGCUGGUCGGGUACUGGGCCUUCGGGAACUCCGUCGACGACAACAUCCUCAUCACCCUUGAGAAGCCCCGGUGGCUUAUCGCGGCCGCCAACUUGUUCGUCGUAGUACACGUGAUUGGCAGCUAUCAGAUCUACGCAAUGCCGGUCUUCGACAUGAUCGAAACAGUGCUUGUGAAGGAAUUUCACCUUCCGCCGGGCCGUACUAUUCGCUUGAUCGCGCGCUCCGCUUAUGUUGCAUUAACCAUGAUUAUCGCGAUUAUUAUCCCCUUCUUUGGUGGAUUACUCGGAUUCUUCGGAGGCUUUGCUUUGGCCCCAACAACAUACUUUCUUCCCUGCAUCAUGUGGCUGGCCCUAUACAAGCCUAAGAGAUUCAGCUUGUCUUGGAUCACAAACUGGAUCUGCAUUGUACUCGGCGUUCUCUUGAUGGUUUUAUCGCCGAUCGGAGCGCUGCGUUCGAUCAUUCUCAGCGCGAAGAGCUACAAAUUCUUCUCAUGAGCUGCAGUUCUGAACGAAACCGUGUAAAUCGGGUACUGUUCGAGGUCGAGUGAAGUCGAUUACGGGGAGACGUGCCGGGAUUCGCGCAGAUCCAAAUGAAGUAUGUCUAUCUUUUACAUGUUUAGAACAUGAAAACAGAGCUGCACUCAUCUUGUGUUUGAUGGUUUGAUUUCACUUGUUAUGGUUUCAUGGUCCUUGUUUAUGAUGAUAAGAGAGUGUUAUUGUAUGUGAAGCAUUUGGUAAUUUAAUGUCCUAAAAAAAAAUAGUUCUUGUUCAUAAUAUUUAUUUAUCAAUGUGAUGUUUGAGCUUGUAGCACUUGAAUGGGUUGUACUUGGCUCCUUUUGUGUAUUAAACACAGUUCUAAUAA